AUGGAUAAGGAAGGAAAUUAUCUAGCAGACUCCCUCGCUAAACAAGCAGCCAUCAAUGGAGAAGUUUUGGAUAUGGAUGAUCUCAUGGGAACUGUCCAAGUGGAUGCAACAACAAGAAAUCAUGCCCAAAAGGGAACUGAAGCCAAUGUGUUGCAAUGGAGCCAAGAUUCCCCUAGUGAGGAUCUCAUCGUGAGCCAAAAGGGGAAUCCAAUUAUUGGUACUUUUUAUAAACACAUUGAAGAUCCACAGAAUUGUCCCAUAAAUACAGAAGAUUGCGAUGGCAAAGAAGAGUUACGGAUUCUGAUGAAGGCCACAGACACCCACUUAUCGAGCACUGCUGAUGAAAAUGGGGAUGUCCAUGCCAUGACACCGCGCUCCACCUGUAGUGAGAGUUGCCUCCAUGGAUACCGGAAAGUCCUACUGGAAGGAAAACAGAAAUGCUGCUACUACUGUGCCCCCUGUGCAGAAGGCGAAAUCUCCAACCAGACUGAUAUGGAAACAUGCUUAGUGUGUCCUAACGAUCACUGGUCAAAUGGAAGAAGAGAUUCCUGCGUUCCAAGACCAAUUGAAUUCCUGUCUUAUGGAGACACACUGGGGUCAUCUCUAAUUAUUAUAAAUCUUACAUUUUGCCUUGUGACUAUAGUUGUGUUUGGGAUAUUUAUAAAAAAUAAAGAUACUCCAAUUGUGAAAGCUAAUAACCAGAAUCUCAGUUUCAUACUUCUCCUCUCACUCAUCUUCUCAUUUUUAUGUCCUCUCUUAUUCAUUGGACGUCCCUCAGAUAUAUCAUGUCUCCUCCGACAAGUGACUUUUGGAAUCAUUUUUAGCCUUGCAGUUUCUUCAGUCUUAGCUAAAACAGUGACUGUAAUCUUGGCUUUUCAAGCCAGUAAACCAGGCAGGACACUAAGGCAGUGGAUGAAGAGACACCUCUCCACAUCCUUACUUGUUAUAGGUUCAUCUGGAGAAGUUUUGAUCUGUGUCCUCUGGUUGUUUUACUCUCCACCAUUCCCAGAUUAUAACACAGAAAUGGAGGUUGGAAAGAUAAUCUUACAAUGUAUUGAGGGAUCUGCCAUUGCUUUCUACUUGUCCAUCGGCUACAUUGGAUUUCUGGCAAUGAUGAGCUUUAUUGUAGCUUUCUUGGCCAGAAGACUUCCAGACACCUUCAAUGAGGCUCAGUACAUCACCUUCAGCAUGCUGGUCUUCUGCAGUGUGUGGAUCUCCUUCAUCCCGGCCUACCUCAGCACCAAGGGGAAGUACAUGGUGGCUGUGGAGGUCUUUGCCAUCUUAUGUUCCAGUGCUGGACUUCUGGGCUGUAUCUUCAUUCCCAAAUGUUACAUUAUUCUACUGAGACCAGAACUCAACACAAAGUCCAAUAUAAGGGUCAUAAGAAGACAUUGUACAGUAGAAUUUUGA